AAUUAAUAUGACACAAGGAUUACGUUGUUAACCGUUACACACCUGCAGCGAGACAAAUGAUGAAUGUACGACAACGAGGGUGUCACACCGCAGUUAUAUUUAUUCCUGAUAAGUGAAAUGUUUUAUAUAAAUUCAUGACUCGGAUGUGAAAACAAGGCAAAAACAACGACACAGUAUUCCAGGUAGAUUUAUGAAAAGGACACUAACGUAUAGCAAUUUUUGAACUGUCAUGUAAAUAAUUAAUACCUCGGCAGGAAAUUUAGGGUAAGGUGUUUGUCUUUCGUUACAUAUAGUUUCAACUGACAGCUAGUUAUUUAUGUAUAAACACGCACAACGUUGACUUUAGUUAUUAUAAAAGUCGUUUACAGUGAAUAGAAAGUGGAAACCGUAACAAAAGGCUAGAAUUGGUUUAACAUAAGUAAAUAACUCGACUGAAAAGAAUCCAUUAUUGUUAACAAAAGAAGAUUCAACUAUUCAUAAAUCUCAUGCCAAUAAAUGUUAAUCCCCGGAUAGUUGUUAAUGAUUGGCAGAUUUGAUUGAUGGUUGGAAUAGAUCGUAAAGUACUGAAGCGGGGAGGAGUCGCCAAUCAUAACAAACCAGCUGAUUGGGUCGAGUUUGUGUGAAACCCAACACCAGUAGGGCAUGAUCGCUGGCAUGCACUCUUUUCUAAGCUAAAACGAUAUUUUAUCCACAGAUUAAAUAGAACAACGAAGGAAAGAUAGACAUUAUUUCACAUGGCAUUCGUGAGAAGGAAAGAUUUGUUGAUAACGUACAUUAUCUAUGUCUAACUCGUUCUCUUGAGAGAUGCAGGAAUAUUUACUUGAUGCCAACAGCGGUGGGAGGAGAAGUCGUGUAUAUUAUGGGGAUUUAAUUCGCAUUUAAGUGAUCAGUUAAAUAUUAAAGACUAUUAAUUGCAACUUAUGUAAUUUACCAGUUAUAAUUACUAUGGAAUUGACAACACGUGUGGUGUUGGCAGGCUUUAUGUGUUUAUUUCUGCCGAAGGGAUUGUAUAUGUUCGGUACGGAAAUAGUCCGAAAAUGUGACCCUAUCCGAAUAGAAAUGUGCAAGGGAUUAGGAUAUAACGUUACGGGUAUGCCGAAUCUUGUCGGACACGAUUUACAACAGGACGCCGAGUUACAACUGCAGACAUUUACCCCAUUGAUACAAUACGGGUGUUCUAAACAAUUGAAGUUUUUCUUGUGUUCUGUUUACGUUCCAAUGUGUACAGAGAAAGUCAUGGACCCCAUUGGACCGUGUAGACCAAUGUGUACUAAUGUUCAGAAACGUUGUAGGCCAGUAUUGAAUGAAUUUGGAUUUCCGUGGCCAGCGGCAUUGAAUUGCUCAAAAUUUCCACCCAAAAACGAUCAAAAUCAUAUGUGUAUGGACGGUCCGGGGGAGGAAGAUGAUCCCUUACCUCGUCGUCCUGGAAGACCGAAGCCAGGAUCGCAUUCGAAGCCUGGCCAGCCUGGACUCCAUCCAAUGUACCCAACUCAAAUUCCGUCCAUUCCUAUGGACUGGAAUAUAAUCAGUAGCUUAAAAUGUAUGCAUUAUAGACACUCCGAAAUGUACACAUACAUAAACCGAACGGACAGAUGUGCACUACAAUGUGGAUACCAUGAUGCAUUCAGCAGCGAGGACAAAUAUUUCGCAGACAUUUGGAUGGCUAUUUGGGCCGGAUUAUGUUUUGUAUCAACUCUUUUCACAGUGCUAACAUUCAUCAUAGAAACACAUCGAUUCCGUUAUCCAGAAAGACCCAUAAUUUUUCUAUCCAUGUGCUUUAACAUUUUCAGCAUUGCAUUUAUAGUUAGACUCAUUGCAGGGCGGGAAUCUAUAGCAUGUGACAAAGACCCAACAGUGACAAGUCCACAAAAUGGACUAGGAAUUUUAAUCCAAGAAGGCUUAGAAAACACAGACUGUGCUAUAGUAUUUUUAUUAUUAUACUUUUUCGGUACUGCCGCUUCGCUCUGGUGGGUGAUUUUAACAUUGACAUGGUUCCUGGCAGCAGGACUAAAGUGGGGCCACGAGGCCAUCCAAAUUCACAGUAGCUACUUUCAUUUAGUGGCUUGGGCCAUUCCGGCCAUUAAAACAAUAGUUAUAUUAGUGAUGCGUGAUGUGGACGCUGAUGAAUUGACUGGUGUUUGUUAUGUGGGGAAUCAGAACACGCGAACUUUAUUGGGGUUUGUUAUUGCCCCUUUACUAGUCUACCUCUUCAUUGGAAUAACUUUCCUAGUCGCUGGUUUUGUAGCUUUAUUUAGAAUCCGAAAACAAGUGCGAAACGAUGGAGUUAAAACAGACAAACUAGAAGUGCUAAUGAUCCGAAUUGGAAUUUUUUCCGUCUUAUAUACUGUCCCAGCAGCUUGUGUAAUAGCGUGCUUGUUUUAUGAAUAUACAAGCAGGGACUCGUGGUAUUCGAAAUAUUCCACAAAUUCACCAAAGAUUGAAAUUUUUAUGUUGAAAAUAUUUAUGUCGCUUGUUGUUGGAAUUACAAGCGGCAUGUGGGUAUGGUCUUCGAAAACAAUCAAUUCUUGGAGGAAUUUCGUUGGGAAAUUAUGUAUAAGCAAAAAACCGGAACGAAAACAGUACGAAUACCGUAUUCCACAACAACAUUACCAACAGAUUCCUAUUAAACAAAACAGGGCAAUUCGGGUAGAUAAAACAAAACGUUAUAUAAAGACAGACAGCGAGACAAUAGUCUAGGCAUGGUUUGUUUUAUAUAUAUAUAUUACGUUAUACGGCUGGGCUAUUUGUUGUUUCCGUUAUGUGUUGCGUUAUACGUUAAAAAAACAUUUGUGAAAUACUCGUAUCAACUUUAUAAGUUGGUGGAUAAACUCCAAGGGUAAUAUUUUGUGUGUGUAUUAUUAAACUCUAUUAACGAGAAUUCUGUUAAAUCAAAGCUUUUCUCUCAUAAUGUUGAUUGUGUUCAAACUACCAUCAUUCAUUGAUAAAUCUGUUCAAGUCUGUGGAAUUACAACCAUGAUACAAAACAGCGGGGUUUAAGCCAUAUGGAUCUUUCAGAAAACAAAAACAGGAAAAGGCUACCCGCAGAUUUUCGUUAAAGAUUUAUGGGGAUAUCUACUUUCAUAGUUUCUGACAGUUAUAUUUUGCAUCUAAGAUAUUGGCAACAUGCUACAUGCAACUCCAUUAACUAGGUAAAAAAAUCACUUUACGCUCCCCCAAUAGAUUUGAAAAUCUCUCUCUACAUCUCAGUGGUAUGCGAUGCAUUUUAAUGUGUAUUGUAGAACUGCCUCAGUAUUAAAGGGUCAAAGGUUUUUAUUAUCUGAUUAUAAACAUGCAUGCCAGGUUUAAGUCGUUAAAAUUGGAAAAUUGUUAACACGUUUCAAUUUUGAAUAAUUCUUCCCAGUUUUGUUCGAAUUUUUCUACUUUAUCAAGAUUAUUUGGAAUGUGAAGUUGAUAAAAAUUUGACGUUUAGAAAGAAUUAAGUUGUAAAUUAAGAAUUUAGUUUUAUAAAAACAAUUUUUGGAUGAUUGUUCGCGUGAUCAAUCUAUAACUUUUCAGUUCAAUACAGGCAGCAUUUGAAUAAAGGCACAUUGUGAAGCAGUUGUUUAUAUAAAACAAGAAUUGCCUAGUUAACUGAGUGCAGUUAUGUAGAAUUGUUUUCAUUGGGGAAUUUAAGCUUGACUUCAUUAUUCUGAAAGAUUGGGGCUAAGUAAAAACAGUGAAUCGAAAUAUAAUUUAGAAAAUCUGGGUAGAAAUAAUUUUAUUUUGGCUGUGCUGUGAACUACACUAAACUAUAUCAAAGGUUGAUAUUCAUAAGUAACUAUAAAUAAUGAUCUAUUGUAUAAACAGCCGUUCAAGUAGAACAUCUCAUUAUUAUGUUAUUUUUCAUAUUUUUGCAUUGUUCAAGAUCCCUUAUUAUUGUUCAUUAUUUUCAUAUCUUGUUAUUUAUGGUCAGAGAUAAAAAUGUCAAAUUUAAAAGA